AUGUCGAGUCAGGAGGCGAGCUGGGAUAGCACUGUCUUCCUGUCCUCCGGGGACAAGCUAGAAAGCUACCGGGCAGUCGUCUCUGACGCGGUGGGAAACCCUGGCCGAACUGCACAUCGGCCGCUCUGGUCCCUGGGCCCGGCGUUCAUGGAUGGCGGCAAGUUGGAAGUUGAAGUUGAAGUUGGUGGAUCGCCAAGGGGUACAGGCACAUCCCCGGCGGGCGGGCUUGCGCGUGCCGUGGAGAAGCUUGCGGGCACCGCAAUCAUGGGCGGGGAAGCUCCCAAGCAUGUUCCGCUCUACCCUGUCCUCGCCGAACGCCCGGUUGGCCAGCACAUCACCUCUAUCUACAAGGACCGACUUCGCCAAUUCACCGCGACAGGCCAGUAUCAGAGGUAUAACCUGCUAGACAAAUUCUUCUACGCUUUAAAUGACGACGAACAAUAUGUUAAGCUGUGGGUUUACUCUGUCCCGGACUUGAAGAGACCGGCCUUCAAAGAUGUCGUCAACCACGAGUUCAAGCCUACUCGAAGAGGAAAUUCAUUCGGUCCCAGUUGGUCUACUCACUGGUUCCGAAUCCAGCUCACCGUCCCAGAGUACAUGAGGAAGUAUGACCAUCUAGAGUUCCAUUGGGACGCCGGAAACGAAGGCAUGGUCUGGACGGAGGACGGCCGUCCGCUGCAGGGCCUGAGCGGUGGUGAGAGAACCGAGUGGACCAUCCCCAAGGACUUCAGGGAUGGCAAACCACACAUCUUUUACAUCGAGAUGGCUUGCAAUGGCUUGUUCGGUAACUCAAACGGAGACAUCAUCCAGCCUCCAAAUCCAAACAGGUAUUAUCAACUCAGCUCGGCAAAGAUCGUGGCAGUUAAUUUAGAGGCGAGAGCGUUGAACUAUGACUUCUGGCAGAUUGGAGAUGCUGCUCGAGAAUUUCCGAGUGACUCCUGGCAGGCUCACAAGGCCCUUAUCGUCGGCAAUUCCAUGAUGGAUGCCUUUAUUGACGGAAACGGAAGUCAGGAGUCUAUCCUAAAGGCGCGCAAGAUUGCCCAGGAAUUCAUUGGAACGAAGGUCGAUUCUCCCGACGUUUACAAAACUGAGGGUGAGCCCAUCGUUUUUGCGACGGGUCACUGCCACAUUGACAGCUGUUGGCUGUGGCCGUUUGCUGAAACAAAGCGAAAAGUUGCCCGGUCCUGGUCAUCCCAGUGUGACCUAAUGGAACGAUACCCCGAGUUCAGAUUUACCUGUUCAUCGGCACAGCAGUUCAAGUGGCUCGAGCAAGAGUACCCUUAUGCUUUUGACCGAGUCAAGGAAUGGGUGAAGAAAGGCUCAUUCCAGCCGAUCGGUGGUAGCUGGGUCGAACACGAUACCAACCUUCCCAGCGGCGAAUCGCUAGUCCGUCAGUUCAUAUACGGUCAGAGGUUCUUUGAGAGCCGUUUUGGUGAACGAUGUACCACAUUCUGGCUACCUGACACGUUUGGGUACUCUUCCCAAAUCCCCCAGCUGUGCCGCUUAGCUGGAAUGAGUCGAUUCUUCACCCAGAAGCUCAGCUGGAACAAUAUCAACAACUUCCCGCACACCACAUUUAACUGGGUAGCCCUUGACGGAAGUCAGGUUAUUUGCCAUAUGCCUCCCUCGGAAACGUACACCGCUAGUGCUCAUUUCGGUGACGUCAAGCGAAGCGUUACCCAGCAUAAAUCUAUGGACCAGGACAAUACCUCUCUUCUAGUAUUUGGAAUUGGUGAUGGCGGUGGUGGCCCAACUUUCGAGCAUAUCGAGAAACUCCGUAGACAGAGGGGUAUGAGUGAUACUGUCGGACUUCUUCCCCGAGUCACGAUCGGAGGUUCAGUCGAUGACUUCUUUGCGAAGCUCGAGAAGAAAGCUUCCGAGGGCACUGACUUUGUGACCUGGUAUGGAGAGCUCUACUUUGAGCUUCACCGUGGAACUUAUACCACUCAAUCAAACAACAAACGUAACAACCGUAAGGGAGAAUUUGUUCUCCGUGAUGUUGAGCUCCUAGCAACUCUGGCCUCCCUGAAGAGUUCCUCAUAUAAAUACCCCAAGAAGGAUAUUGAUGACAUGUGGGAGCCUGUUUUGCUCUGCCAAUUCCACGACUGUCUUCCUGGAAGCUCAAUUCGACUUUGCUACGAUGAGUCGGAUGCUUUCUAUGCCCAAGUGUUCAAGACUGCCGCAAAAGUGAGAGAGGAGGCAAUGAAAGUACUCGGUUUCCAUAAUAAGGAGUCCAGCUCCGACGGCAAGCUCGCCGCUUUGAAUACCUUGCCAUGGCCUCGUUCCGAGAUCGUUAGAGUGAACAACGCAACGACCUCGUCUGCCUCCCCCCAAUACGCUCUUGCGAGCGGAGAUACUGGAGUGAUGGCCGUGGAACCAUUAAGCUCCGCUCAAUCAACCUCUCUCUCUAUCAAGGAAGUUGAAGCGAAUGUUUUCGAACUCCGCAAUGACAGCCUCGUAAUAAAGGUUGAGAAGGGAGUGAUCACGUCCCUAUUCGACGUUAAAGAGAACCGAGAGACGAUCGCGAAGGGGGGUAAGGCAAACCAGUUCGUCAUUUUCGAUGACAAGCCACUAUACUGGCAGGCAUGGGAUGUCGAGGUCUAUCACUUCCAGUCACGAAAGGAACUGGCCUCCACGGAGACCAAGAUUGCAGAGAACUCUCCAUACAGAGUCAGUGUCGUCACCGAGACGAAGAUCAGUGACAAGAGUUGGAUCAAGACGACAAUCAGCCUUUCUGCCGAAGCCAAAGAUACCCCAUCCAUGGUGGAAAUGGACUGUGAGGUCGAAUGGCAAGAGACUAUGAAGUUCCUCAAGGUCGAAUUCCCCGUUGACAUUCGAAACACUGAGGCAUCUUAUGAGAGCCAGUUUGGUAUCACAAGACGGCCAACCCACUAUAACACAACCUGGGACAUGGCCAAAUUCGAAGUAUGCUGCCAUAAAUGGGCUGAUCUCUCAGAGAGCGGAUAUGGAGUCUCAAUCCUCAAUGACUCCAAAUACGGAUUCGCAACCGUCGGCAACUUGAUGCGUCUCUCUCUUCUCCGCGCUCCCAAAGCGCCAGACAGCACUGCAGAUAUUGGCCGCCACCAUAUCCGUUACGCUAUCCUGCCACACUCUGGCCCUCUUGACUACCGUACCGUUCGCGCAGGAUACAACUUCAACAACCCCUUGAUCCUACAAGCUGCAUCAGGACCGGAAACCCAUGAUGCCUUCAAGGCCAUUCGGCUGGUUGACGCCACCCCAGCCCUUGUCAUUGAUACCGUGAAACGCGGCGAAGACGACGAGGAUGUCUCUCGCGGCGAACUUCCACGCCGUGCAGGGAAGAGCGUUAUCGUACGUAUCUUCGACUCCAUGGGAGGAAGAAGCACAGGUACCCUCGAAACAUCAUUGGCCGUUAAGAAAGUGUUCAAAUGCAAUCUUCUCGAAGACGAUAUGGAGGAGCUGAAGAUCGAGGGAUCCGGACCAUCGCGUGUCAAGAUUGAAUUGAGAACCUUUGAAGUUGCGACAUACAGACUUCAACUUUAA